AUGCGCGUGCAUCAAAAACUUAAAUUAAACCAUGGAAUCGAUGAUUCCACUACUUAUAACACCCCUUUCUCUAACGGAAACAUUGUUAAUAACGUUUCUCGUGAAGAAAAUGAAUUUUAUCCAAUGUAUAAUUUUGAGAGGAGGACUAAGUCCGAUAAACGUUGUGGUGAAUAUCUUAAAAGUAAUAUCAAGGCAUAUAAAGACGAACCAUCCAUCCAUACGCAUACCAUACCCCGAUCGCAGCCGCCGACGAAUUUAUAUGUCUUUGAUUUGUUUUUGGGUUAUACAUGA